UCUUGUCCUCCUCCCUAACACUCUCCCCUCCCGUACAUUUCUCUUCCCACCCUUCUUCCCUGUAUCCCAGAAAACGCAAAUAUCUGCUCACAGGGAUCUGAAGUGAAAGAAGUAAAGAACGAAAUUGAGGGAGUGAAGGGGAAAUCCAAAUAUUUCUCUGGGAACAAAGCCCAUUUACAUCCAGCUGUCGUGACAGGCUCCCUCACAGGCCGGCCGCUGCAAUCUUGCUUGCAGGUCUGCCGCAAAAUCUCGCCAAACAUGUCAUAGGAUUUCCUCCAAGAUCUUCAAGAACGAUUGCGGCGGCUGGCCCCUCGUGAGCAAAUGGAUCAGGAAGUGACUAUGAGAACUUGGGUCAUUCUACUUUUAAUUCUGGUCCUAAUUUUAAUCAUAGAAGUUGAUGGUCAAAGGCGUAGACCUCGUCCAACAGUAGUCCGUCCAACUAAGAGGCCAACCCCACCACCGCCAGAACCUGUGGAACCCACAGAGCUGCCCCCACCACUUCCACCCGGACCUCCAUCUGUUUUUCCUGAUUGCCCUCGGGAAUGCUUCUGUCCUCCUGAUUUUCCUUCUACAAUUUAUUGUGACAGUCGCAAUUUACGCAAGGUUCCAAUUCUUCCUUCUCGUGCCAGAUAUGUUUAUCUGCAAAAUAACUUCAUUGAGGAUCUAUCAGAAGAGGCCUUCAAAAAUGCCACUGAGAUCCAAUGGAUCAACCUUGACAACAACCGCAUUAAGAAGGUAGACAAAAAAAUCAUGGAGAAAAUGGAAAACCUGACAUAUCUUUAUAUGGAGAAAAACCAGUUAAAAGAAUUUCCAUCUUAUUUGCCUCCACGGCUGGAGCAUCUUCGCCUCAGUCGCAAUCUGAUUUCCAAAAUCCCUGCUGGUGUCUUCAACAAAAUGAACCAUCUCAUCUUAUUGGACUUGCACCAUAAUAGGUUAAGUGACAACGUGUUUAACAAGAAUACAUUCAAGGGUCUAAAGAAUCUUAUUCAGCUUAAUCUGGCACACAAUAUACUAAGGAAAAUGCCUCCCACAGUACCAGAUACCGUGAAUCAACUAUUUCUUGACAGGAACAAUAUAGAAGAAAUCCCCCCAAACUACUUUAAUGAUCUCCCCAAUUUAGCUUUCCUAAGGCUUAAUUAUAACCAGCUGUCUGAAAAAGGCCUUGCUAAAAACACGUUUAACAUUUCCAGCCUUUUGGUUCUGCAACUAGCCCAUAACCGAUUUACAACAGUACCAUCCAUUAGCCCUCAAUUGGAGCACCUCUAUAUGAAUGACAACAUAAUAGAAAAAAUUAAUGGUACUGAGAUUUGCCCACUACCUUUUGCUCCAAUUGAGUUUUUGACUGCAGAUUAUUCCUUUGUUCCACAUCUGCGAUACCUAAGACUGGAUGGAAACCAGCUGAAGCCCCCAAUUCCUCUGGAUGUUAUAAUGUGUUUCCGGCUUUUGCAGUCUGUGAUAAUCUAAAUGGCACAGUUUAUACCAUUAAUCCAGAUUAGAUAUUGUGGUCUACAACAUUAUCCUAGUACAUCUGUACUAUUUUCUCAUGUACUUGACUUAUAUUAGACUCAAUGUGACUAUUAUGACAGUCUAAAAAUCAACGACAUAAAGGAAAUUUCUCUAAUAAUAAUAAAAAAAAACACUUUAGAUAUCAACAUUCUCAAAUUAUACUGAACCAGAAAGUAUAUUGUGGCUUCAGGCUGAAGAUGCAGCAGUGUUUGAGUUUGGAUGGAUUUUGUCUUUAGCAACAUUAUGGCAGCCAUUUUGUUUGACAUAAUAAUGACCCCUAGACAAAAUGAGUCGUAAUUGAAGGUAUUUAGGAAUGAUGUUGUAGUAUUGAAAUAUUUAACUAUUUUCAGUAAUUUACUGAACUUCCUCAAGAAAUUUGUUACCACUUACUUCAUCACAAAUUGCUUUUCAUUGUAUGGAGCUGGCACAAUGAUGGGGAACAGCAAUAGCACCAUCCGCCUAUUUAACCCCGCAGAUGCUAGAUGCUGUUCCCCGUCAUUUUGCCUGCUCCAUACAAUGCAAAACAAUUUCUGACAAUGGAAUCAAAUUUCUUGACAAAGUUUGGCAAAGUUGCCAAAUUGAAUUUUCAAAUUCUGGUGCACAUGGGGUUAAUCCAAGCUUAAAAAAAAAUAUAUAUAUAUAUAUAUAUACUCACCUCAUCCACUUGGUUGCGGACAGGCCGUCCACUUGUAUCUUGAUUAAAGAAAACCCGCCAAAGGAUCUGAGGUGAGCUCGCUAACAUCACCACUUGAUGGCACUGGCUGUGAGUGGUGAUGUGUUCGCCGUGUGUGCAGCCAGCGUGAUUAUGUGGUGAUGUCUUCACGCUCGCCGCAGGUCCUUUGGAAGGUUUUCUUCAAUCAAGACGUAGCGGAUGGCUUCGACGAUCGAGUGGAUGAGGCGAGUAUAGUUUUUUUUAUUUUCAGCCACCAUUUUAGGAAAAAAAUCAAUGUGUUACCAUUAAGCUUGAGGAAAUUCGACUUUGUGGCAAAUCAAAUUCCGGUUUAUAUGCUUUGAUUCGCUCAACA